CUUUAAACCAGAAGUCCACCAUCUUCGCCGGUGUGGAGGUAGAUUUGGAGAGAGAACCCAGAGAGAAGCAACAGAGGGAGGUCAGCGUCUCCUGAGCUGUGGACUCAAGUAGCCUGCAGCCAUGGGACAAGCUCUGAGUAUCAAGAGCUGCGACUUCCACGCAGCAGAAAACAACAAGGAGCACCACACCGACGCCAUCAGCUCCCAGCACCUUAUUUUGAGGAGGGGACAGUCCUUCAUCAUCACCCUGAACUUCCGUGCCCCGGCCCACAUAUUUCUGUCUGCCCUGAAGAAAGUGGCUCUCAUUGCACAAACUGGAGAGCAACCUUCCAAGACCAGUAAGACCCAAACCAUAUUCCCUAUUUCCUCCCUGGGGGACAAAAAAGGGUGGAGUGCAGCAGUGGAGGAAAGAGAUGCCCAACAUUGGACCAUCUCUGUGACCACACCCGUGGAUGCUGUCAUUGGCCACUACUCACUCCUGCUUCAGGUUUCCGGCAAGAAACAAUACCCCUUGGGCCAAUUCACACUGCUCUUUAAUCCAUGGAAUAGAGAUGAUGCUGUAUUUCUGCAGAACGAGGUUCAACGCACUGAAUAUGUACUGAAUCAGGAUGGCUUUAUCUACCUGGGCACAGCUGACUGCAUUCAAGAAGAGCCCUGGGACUUCGGUCAGUUUGAGAGAGACGUCAUGGACCUCAGCCUGAACUUACUGAGUGUGGACAAGCAAGUGAAAGACUGGAGCCAGCCCGCACACGUGGCCUGCAUAGUGGGCUCCUUGUUGCAUGCCCUCAAGAAGAAGAGUGUCCUGCCUAUUUCACAGACCCAGGCUGCCCAGCAAGGUGCCUUGUUGUACAAACGACGAGGCAGUGUGCCCAUCCUGAGGCAGUGGCUCACUGGCCGAGGACGACCCGUGUAUGAGAGCCAGGCGUGGGUGUUUGCUGCUGUUGCUUGCACAGUGCUACGAUGCCUGGGCAUCCCAGCUCGAGUUGUUACCACAUUUGACUCAGCCCAAGGUACCAAUGGGAGCCUGCUGGUGGAUGAGUACUACAAUGAAGAGGGGCUCCAGAAUGGAGAAGGACAGAGGGGCCAUAUCUGGGUCUUCCAAACUUCUGUAGAAUGCUGGAUGAACAGACCUGAUUUGUCCCCGGGUUAUGACGGAUGGCAGAUUCUGCACCCAAGAGCUCCUAAUGGAGUUGGAGUCCUGGGAUCCUGCAAUCUGGUCCCAGUCAAAGCAGUCAAAGAGGGGGAACUGCAGCUGGACCCGGCAGUACCAGAGCUCUUUGCCGCAGUGAAUGCCUCGUGCGUGGUCUGGAAGUGCUGUGAGGAUGGGAAGUUGGAGUUGACCAACUCCAACAGAAAGAAUGUCGGCAACAGCAUCAGCACCAAGGGCGUGGACAGUGACCGCUGCGAAGACAUCACUCAGAACUACAAAUAUCCUGAAGGAUCUCUUCAAGAAAAGGAGGUACUGGAGAGAGUCCAAAAGGAAAGAAUGAAACUUGGGGAAGACACGUGUCCUCCCAGUUGUGAGCCUGGGGACCCUCUGCACCUGUUCUUGGACGCACCUAGCUCCCAGCCUCUGAGAGGAAAUGGUCGGCUCUCAGUGGCCUUGAUUAACCCCACAGACAAGGAGAAGGAGGUGGAACUGGUGAUUGCGGCCCAGGCUGUGUACUACAAUGGAGUCCUUGCUACUGGGCUCUGGAGGCAGAAGCAGUUCCUCAUGCUCGGACCCAACCAGGUUCUGAGACUCUCCACCAGCCUGUCCUCCUCCUGUUUUGAACAAAACCCACCUGAGAACACCUUUCUCAGAGUCACAGCAAUGGCAAGGCACUCCCACGCUGGCCUCAGCUGCUUUGCUCAGGAAGAUGUGGCCAUCAGUAGACCGAAUCUUGUCAUUGAGAUGCCAAAGAGAGCAACACAGUAUCAGCCCCUUACUGCCUCAGUUAGAAUGCACAACUCCUUAGACGCCCCCAUGCAGAACUGCAUCAUCUCCAUCUUUGGAAGGGGACUCAUUCACAGAGAAAAGAGAUAUGGAUUGGGUUCUGUGUGGCCAGGAAGCAGCCUGCAUACUCAGUUCCAGUUCACCCCAACACAUCUGGGGCUCCAAAGGCUCACUGUGGAAGUAGAUUGUGACAUGUUCCAGAACCUGACCGGCCACAGAAGUGUCCUUGUGGUGGCCCCUGAAGUUUCUGUUUAAACUCCAAACAACCUUCAGACUUCUAAAGCUAGACAUGCUCCAGAGGGAAACUCUACCUAUCAGACAAAUGAGUCUAUACUAAAAUUGAACAGACCGGUGACCAAAAACCAAAAUUCAUUUUUUUCUUGGUUUUUUUUUUUUUUGGGGUGGUGGUGGUGGUUUGUUUUUGUUUGUUUGUUUGUUGUUUUUUGGUUAUUUGGUGGGUAUUUUCGAAACAGAGUUUCUCUAUGUAGUCCUGGUGGUCCUGGAACUCACGCUGUAGAUCAGGCUGGCCUUGAACUCAGAGAUCCACCUGCCUCUCCCUCCCGAGUGCUUCCAUUAAAGGCAUGUGCCACCAUUGUCUGGCUCCAAAA